GCCGCCAUAGGUACCGAUUGCUAUUUGCGUGCGUCGGUUCCUGCGAGCUGGAACGCGCGUCGGCUGCUUUCUGAGGCCCAGAAACCCUUUCCGGAAGCCUGGAUUGGGGGCUUCCUGCUUGUCGUUCUGCCAUGGCCUUUUCUUCGUUUCUCGCCUAAACCCGUGCUCUUGCUCCAUUGCAUGCUUGCUAUACGCAUCUUCUGUACACUGCCCGCACAUGUCAGAGCCGCAAGAGCGCAUUACCAUCACCAUUCCCCCCCUACCGGCAACGCAGUCGCGCAGACCAGACACCCACCCACUCACCGUACCGGCGCAAUCCCAAUCUCCAAGCCAACCGCGACAUUGCGCACCCCACACGGCGCAAUCCUGCCGCCCACCCGCCGGCCCAUCUAAUCUUAGACCCGACCAUCCGCGCCCGCUCAAGCCCUCUCUGCCCUACCCAGCCAGCCGUCCUCGCUAUCGAUUGCCCGCGCAUGCAUCCCUAUUUUUUGUCGAUCUCCCGGGUCCAAAGAUCGUGGCCGGGCCCCAGAGUCCAGGAACAGGCCGAGGCUGUCCGUCGCAUAAACCCGGAUCCUUCACCGCGCGCACUCGACCCGAUGGCAGCUUGCUCGCGGUCUGUGUUGUGAAGGAUGGCCGGCGCUGAAUCGGCGCUUGCUGCUGCCGAUCAACGGGCGGGCGCGCGGCCCGCGCCCGCUGC